AUACAGAAUAGAGAUGGCUAUACACCCUUAUAUUUAGCUGUAGAAAUGUGUAAUAUAGACAUUGUGAGAUAUAUAUUAAAUACGGACUGUAGUGUAAAUUUGCAGGACAAUUUAGAUUAUACACCCUUACAUAAAGCUGUUCAGGAGAAUAAUAUAGACAUUGUAAGGUGCUUGUUGGGCCAUACAGAAUGUGAUGUCAACUUACAAGAUAUGUUUGGACAAACGCCCUUACAUUUAGCAGUAUUGAAGGGAUAUCUUGCCUGCAUUGAUAUUUUACUCAAUCUUGGUGCAGACGUCAAUAUACAAGAUAAAGGUGGGAAAACAGUCUUAAUGUUGGCUUGUAUAAAAAAUGAUAGAAAAUUGUUAGAAACACUAUUAAUACAUGGAGCUGAUGUGAAUAUUGUAGACAACCAUGGUCGAUCUGCUCUA